AUGUCGACGCACGAGAAGGAUGGGGCAACUGCCCCCGAGAAAGAGAGGAAGAAGGAUGUGGCCGCUUUGGAUGUUGAAGAUGAUCGGUCCUCGGUAUCUUCAAUCUCGACCGACUCGGUCAGCUCUGAAGAAUUACAAUCAAUACACCAGACUUUGAGUCGCAAUGCUGGUCUGGAUGAGCAUGACAAAUCGCUAGCGCAAAUCACAACCGUGACGACAAACAUGACAACGGAUCCACGCUUCGAGAUCGACUUUGAGGAUGGUGAGAAUCCGCAAGAUUGGAGCAUGGUCAAAAAAUGCAUGAUUAUCUUCUUCAUGAGUUUCUCUACGCUGGUUGUUGUUAUGUAUUCUACCUCGUACACCGCUGGUAUUCCCGGAAUGAUGGUUACUUUUGACGUCAAAUCUAAGAUCAACCUCGUACUCGGUCUGACUACCUACCUAGCUGGGCUUGCCCUCGGAUCAGUUAUACUUGCGCCCUUGAGCGAAAUGUACGGACGAAGACCAGUGUAUUUAGUCGCGGUUGCCAUGUUUAUUGUCUUGAUCAUCCCAUGCGCCUUGGCUCAGAACCUCGCUACCGUUCUCGCGGUGCGUUUCUUUGGUGCUUUCGCCGGUGCAGCAAUGAUCUCAAACGCACCCGGGACGGUGUCCGACAUUGUGAGCGAUGAUUAUCGCGCUCUUGCAUUUUCUGUUUGGAGCAUUGGGCCGAUGAAUGGGCCUGUCGUAGGGCCCCUUGUAGGUGGCUUUGUGUUCCAAUACAAGGGGUGGCGGUGGACAAAUUGGGUCGUGGUGAUCGGGUCUGGAGUGUCGUGGUUCAUGGUAUUCUUAAUCGGCGAAACGUACGCGCCUGCGCUUUUGCGCGCCAAGUCAGCGAAGAAGCGAAAGGAAACAGGCGAAGAGCGCUGGUAUUCACGCUACGAUGACAAGAAGAAGUUCUGGCCAAUGUUGAAGGAGAACCUGUACCGUCCGCUCAUCAUGAGUGUCAAGGAGCCCAUUUGCAUAUUUUGGAAUGUGUACAUAGCAUUGGUAUACGGCGUGCUUUAUCUUUGCUUCGUUUCUUACCCCAUCGUCUUCAGCGAGCUUCGCGGUUGGAGUCCUGGGCUCACCGGUCUCGGGUACAUUGGGAUUGGCAUCGGGGGUAUGCUGACGAUUUGCUCCGAGCCUCUGCUACGACGCCUCAUCAAUUCGCACACAACAGAUCCUGCGACCGGGAAGCCUCCUCCAGAAGCUAUGGUCAGUGUGGUCUGCAUUGCUGCUGUUUGUGUCCCUGUAGGCGAGAUGAUCUUCGCAUGGACUUGCACACCCGACGUACAUUGGGCAGCACCCAUAAUAGCUGGGAUUCCAUUCGGUGCAGGAAACUGUGGAGUAUUCAUUUACGCGUCGAAUUAUCUUGUUCACUCGUACGGUAUCUACGCUGCGUCAGCUUUAGCAGGCAAUGCCGUCUUGAGAAGUGCCUUGGGUGGGACCCUCCCGCUUGCUGGACCCCAGAUGUACCGAUCACUCGGCCCUCACUGGUCCGCGACUAUGCUCUCCCUUAUUGAAUUCGCUAUGAUACCUAUUCCGCUUAUCUUCUACCGAUACGGCCACAAGAUCCGUGAGAGGUCUACUCUUAUCCGUCAGAUGCGUGAAGACAGGGAGAAGCUCGAUAACAAGCUGAAGAAGGCUGCAGAAAGGGAAGAGAGACAGAAAGCGAGGGAAGCUGGUGUGUUAGAGGAGAAGGAAGUCUGA